GUCCUGAACAACCGCUAGCAGUUGCCUCCAGCAGUCUAGUUUAGUGUUCAAUUCUCAGUACUGGUGGACUAACGGGCGAUGGAAACUGCACCAUGCACCAUGGCUAAUUCCGAGCCAGAAACUGCCCAACUUGUGGCCGAACAUUGGUCGUAUCAAUUAGUGCGCGAAUUAAACGAUGAAAGUCUACAUUUAAAAAGUACCAGCAAAUCCAUCGCCAUACGUGAUUUAUAUCCUAAGGCUCGCUAUCACUUUCUAGUGCUGCCAAGAAAGGAUAUUGAUACUUUGCACGAGCUAACAAUUGCAGACGUUGCGCUGCUGGAGGACAUGUACGGGCUGGCACAAAGUGUGAUCAAGGAAAGCGGACUGGAUUCGAAAAUGUUCAACUUUGGAUACCACCUAAAGCCGAACAUGAAACGGUUGCAUCUGCAUGUGAUUUCGAAGGACUUUGAUUCGCCGAGCUUGAAGCGAAGACAUCACUGGACAAUUUUCAAUUCAGACAUUUUUCAGACGCACGAUGCGGUAUUGACUGAGCUGAAAAUGCAUGGAAAGAUAUACGAACGUCCGGAUGCCUACAUUGCAGCAUUACGCAAAGGGCCAUUAAAGUGUAACGUCUGUUUGUAUGAAACAGAUAAUUUACAGACGAUGAAAAAACAUAUCACCAUUCAUACCAAACCGCAACUUAUGUUACCGUUUUUCCCAAUCAAUACGGCAAUAAUGUAGUGUACAGGACAUUCAGUGAAGCGUUUAGUUUCCCUAACCUUUGAUUUGGCUUAUAGCACUCAAGAUACAAAGGAGCUGAUCAGUACAAAACAUUUACACAUGUUCUUCGCAAAGAAUAAUUCACCAGUAGAAUAAGUUUAUAAAAAUAAACU